AGAUAGGCGCAUCCAGCUCGCGAACCGCAAUUGAAAUAGGGUUUGGGACAGAGAAAUUCCAACAGAGAGGUCCCGGAAAUUGAAAUUUAGGGUUGCCCUGAAGUACUAGCAUCAUCAACUAUGCCGAAGAAUAAGGGAAAGGGAGGUAAGAACCGAAAGAGGGGAAAGAACGAAGCAGACGAUGAGAAGCGAGAACUUGUCUUCAAAGAAGACGGCCAAGAAUACGCCCAGGUCCUCCGCAUGCUGGGAAACGGUCGGUGCGAGGCCAUGUGCAUCGACGGCACCAAGCGUCUCUGCCACAUCCGUGGAAAGAUGCACAAGAAGGUGUGGAUUGCUGCCGGUGACAUCAUCCUCGUUGGGCUCCGGGACUAUCAGGACGACAAGGCUGAUGUGAUUCUCAAGUACAUGCCCGAUGAGGCUAGGCUGCUGAAGGCUUAUGGGGAGUUGCCGGAUAACACCAGGCUCAACGAGGGUAUUGGCGGUGGAUUGGAUGAGGAGGAUGAUGGGGCCGGGAACGAUUACAUCGAGUUCGAGGACGAGGAUAUCGAUAAAAUUUAAGGACUUUGGUUGGGAUUCCGAUAUCGCUAAUCGCUGUCCCCUUCAAUAUGUGCUUUUCUUCUUUUUACUUUUUUUAUUUUUAAAGAAUCUCUCCAUAAAAUGAUUAUAUGAUGCUAUAUGAUAUGUAAUAUUUGAAGCUCACAAAUAUCUGGGGUUUUAUGUACUAUGGAUUAUGGAUGCUGAAUUUGUAUGCAAUAACGGUAGUGAGUUAUCUCCUAUUUGGAUUGCUAUGUUCAGGAGUUA